AUGACGAUUGAGCGCCUUGAAGAGGUGCGGGCGGUCUACGGUUUUUGCUGCGAGCUUAGGUCGCCGGGUCCUGAUUAUCGUCCAUGGCGAGCUCCGGACGGUUGGGUCACGCUAUACGAAGCCUGGUUCAGCAUGUGUCAUCUUUGGGUUCCGUUGCCGAGGCUACUGACGGAUUACGCAGACCGGCGAGGCAUCGCUCUCUCGCAGAUUCUUCAAGCGGGAAUCCGAUAUAUGGUCGCCGCCCUUCUUUUUGGGAGCGAGGUUGGGGUUAAUGUUGACUGGCGCUUCUUCGAAGAGAUGACCACUGUUCAGAGGAAUAACUCGAUCCCGGAUCGAAACGUUAACCUCGACACCUACCCAGAAGAUUACUUCGAGAAUCUCCAAAAGCUCAGAUCCUGUGGCAUUCAGAAGUGGCCUGACAUUCAUCGUCAGAGAGUCGAGGCUGCCAUUAAUGGCAUUACAAGCGCUAGUUGGAGGAGAGAAAACCUUCAAAGGGAGAGAUCGAUCGCGAUGGCUCCAAUUCAAGUGAAUGCACCCGGCUUUGCCGCACGUCUCAAGGCCAAAAAGAGCAAGAAGAAGGAUCAACAGGCUUCUGCUUCUCGGUCUGAGCGUUCGGAUCAUGUGCAGACGGUUCAGAUGGAUGCUGAGGUCGUUCCUCAACAUGAUGCAAACCUCGAUCCUGUCGCUGAGGGCGAGAUUGAGACUCAGGUCGCUGAACACGACCCCGUACUCGAUGCUCAGAAUCAAGAGGAGAGUCAUCAAACGGAGGAAGAGUCAGACAAAGCCGCGAGAUCGGCGAGGAAGAAGGAGAAGGAAGAGGUCGCCAAGGCUAAGGCGAGAGGAAAAAGGAAGGAGCCUUCUGCUGGAGAAGAGAUGGACGGAGGUCAGGCCAGUGGCGAGGAAGCGAGUAAACGAGCGAAGGUUGCUCCGUCUGGCGGUGACAAGGUCAAAGAAGUCGACUGGAGCUUCUCAUUCGAGUACCCUGAGUCGAGCAAACCAUUCGUCAACAACACUGACAAGUGUGCUGAGCUCUUCGGGAAGAUAAGGGGAUCUACCACUGAGGUUCCUGCUGGCUCCGAUGCGGCUUUCAAGGAAAUGGCGAGCUUCGCCUUCAAAGUAUUUUAUCGCGAGCUGCAAUCGCACGAGGGGCCAAUACAUGCGCUGGCUUCAGAAUGCCGCGACUCGAUUGAAGAAUGCCCAGACUGCCGGUCAGUGGCUGAACGCAAUGCCACCAUUGCUCAGCGGAGGGUUGCCGAAGACAAUUGGCAAACCAUGAAAAGAAAAGCGGAGCAUCUGGAUGCCGGGGUAAAGGAGUUGACCGAGAAGAUCGAGGCGAUGAGAUUGGAAAAUGUGGACUUAGUCAAGAAUCUUCAAUUGGUUAACGAGGCUAAGAUCCAAGCUGAGAAGUCGAUCGCUAUCGAGGUCGCUUGCGCAAAGCAUCACGCCCAAGAGAAGAUCGAGACAGAGACUACUCGAAUUUGGGCUGAUGCUGCGGCUAAGUAUUCAGGUCACAUCGAUCGGCUGAGGACUUGUGUUGCACAACAAGAGGCGAUUGAGCAAGUAAAUCUCGAUCUCGUUCAAGCCCGAGGUACACUGGAGUGCCUCGAUCUUUUGAAGGAGAAAGAGAUGUCCGAAACGGAGCUAAGAGCCGAACUUGAAUCAUCGAAGCGCGACUGCGAACAAAAGCUGGAGAACCUCAGUCUCACCGAUCUCGAGGAGGACGACUUGCCUCCGCCUUAUACCGAAACCCCAAGUGGUGGCUCGCACUACGAUGGCGCCGAGCAUCGAGAAGACUUCGACUGUGAUGCUCAAUCUUAG